UCUCUUUCUCUCUCUCUCUCUUUAAAUCACUUUCAUCACCAUUUUCUCUGGUUCACAUUUCUCCAUCCAAAGAUUCCACUUUUUCUUCAUAAAUCACAACCACAUUCAAAGAUCAUUGUCUAAACUUCUAAAAAAACCAGAAUAAUGGGAAGUUAUCCUAUGAUCGAUGAACAUGAAACCCAACUAACCGUUCGUAAAACCUCCCUCUUCUUCUCCGGCGACGGUUUCACCGUCUACGAUUCCAACGGUCAAUUAAUCUUCAGAGUCGAUUCAUACGGUCCCGAUUCUCACUCCAAUGAUGAACUCAUCCUCAUGGACGCAUCCGGCCGCUGUCUCAUAACCGUUCAUCGAAAGAGGCCGAGUUUGCAUAAUCGAUGGGAGGGAUAUAAAGGAGAAGGAACAAACGGUAAGAAACCCAUAUUUAGUGUUAAGAGAUCUUCGAUUAUAGGUCGGUCGGGGGUUACUGUUGAAGUUUACGGCGACGGUGAGAAUUCAUCGGCGGUUGAGGAGUAUCAUAUUGAGGGGUCGUUUAAACAGAGGUUUUGUACUUUUUUGGAUUCGGGGAAGGAGAUUGUGGCUGAGAUUAAGAGGAAAGUGGAUGUAUCGACAAAUAUGAUGCUUGGGAAAGAUGUUUUUUCUUUGUGUUUGAAAGGUGGGUUUGAUGGGGCACUUGCUAUGGGACUGGUUUUAAUUCUUGAUCAGAUCUAUGGCGGUGAUGAUGAUGAAGAUGAAGAUGAUGAAGAUGGGAGUGGUAGUUCUAGGGUGGAGCCUGUCUAUGAGGAAGAUCAUUGAUUAUAAUUAUUGGGUUUUUGUUUUUUUUGAAAUAUUAUUUUGAUUGUUGUGAACUUUUUGGGUGACCAGUGAAGUGAAAUCUAUGGUUUGUUGUAGAAUAAUAAUGUGGGAUUCUCGUGGGUUAGCAUUAAUGAAUUUCAAAAUUAAAGUGAAUUGAGAGAUUAUUAUAAUAAUAAUAAAGUGAUUUGUUGUAUUA